AUUGAAACUCGAGUUUUUAUGAGCUGUCGUUUUACUUAUCAAAAUUGUUUACCAAAACCAAGAGCUUAUCACCACCACAACCAGAUCGAUUCCAAUACAUAUAUUGUAUUGUAUACAUAUCUAUACAAAAAUCACAUUCAAUCAUAGCUUUCUUUUCGGGCUCAAGUUUAUAUUCUCCGAGAUCAAAAGUUUCAAGGUUUUGAUUGAUUAGAGAUGAAAAGGGGUUUAUGCAUAUUGGUGGCUUUUUUGUUGAGUGUGGAAGCAGCUUUUGGAAUCAGAUUUGUGGUUGACAGAGAAGAGUGUUUUUCUCAUGAUGUUCAGUACGAAGGGGAUACUGUCCAUGUCUCUUUUGUUGUCAUCAAGACUGAUUCUUCUUGGCAUUAUAGUCAGGAAGGAGUUGAUCUCGUGGUGAAAGGACCAACAGGGGAUCAGAUUCAUGAUUUUCGUGACAAGACUAGCGAAAAGUUUGAGUUUGUGGCUCAACGAAAAGGAGUUCACCGAUUCUGUUUCACUAACAAGUCUCCUUAUCAUGAAACCAUAGAUUUCGAUGUACAUGUUAACCAUUUUUCUUACUUUGACCAGCACGCAAAAGAUGAGCACUUGAACCCUUUGUUAGAACAUAUUCAAAAGUUGGAGGAAGCUCUCUACAACAUUCAGUUUGAACAACAUUGGCUUGAAGCUCAGACCGAACGACAGGCAACAGUGAAUGAAGCAAUGGGCAGGAGGGCAGUUCACAAGGCGUUCUUUGAAUCGGCCGCGCUAGUAGGUGCGAGUUUUCUCCAGGUUUUUAUUCUCCGUCGCCUCUUUGAAAAGAAGCUUGGAAUGUCCAGAGUCUAACCUUGGCAGCAAGCACAGUAGUAGGAUAAAUUUUCAUGUUUUUAUAAAACCCUGUCCUAGCCAGGGUUGUUAAGUUAUACACUAGCAAAUUUGAGGAUUAAUCAACUUUUUUUAAGCCCUUGAGGUGGGAUAAGCUCUCAAAUUUUCAACUAA